UCUCUCUGUCUCUGGGAGUGAAAGUGAAACUUUUGGGGGACACAGUUGUGUCUGUGCCUGCAGCUGCUGACCAUGGAGUCCCCGGGAGCAGCGCUCUCCCCCCCGGCCCCGGCCCGGACCCUGCCCCUGCCCCGGUCCCGGCGCCUGCUCCUGGCCGCCCUGGCCCCUCUCCUGCAGCUGGGGCUGUCGCUGCUGGCGGUGCCGGAGGCGGUGCCGUCCCUGUCGGCCCUGGCCCUCAGCCUGGCCCUGAGCCGGAGCCUGGGCGGCCUGCACCGCCCGCUGCUGCUGUACACCGCCUGCUGCGGCCUCUCCCCGGCUCUGUACCGCCUCCUGCUGCCGGCCCCGGCCCGGGCCCUGGGGCUGGGCCUCAGCCUGGGCCUGGCGCCCCGCUCCCUGGCCGCCCUCCUCCUCCCUCACGCCGCCUCGGGCCUGGCCCUCGCCCUCCUGGAGGCGGCGGCGGCGGCUCUGCUCCGGGCCCGGGCCCGCGGCUCCCUCCCGGGGACACAGCGCAGCAUCAGGCGCCGCCUCCUCGCCCUGUCCCGGCCCGACCUGGUCCCUCUGAGCGGGGCGUUCACCUUCCUCACCCUGGCCGUGAUCGGUGAGGUCUUCAUGCCUUACUACACAGGGAAGGUGAUUGAUUUACUGAAGUCUGAUUUUGACCAUCGAGCGUUCCUCAUCGCCAUAUUCUACAUGUCCGUUAGCUCCGUGGGAAGCUCCAUUUCAGCCGGUCUCCGGGGAGGCCUCUUCAUGUUCACAAUGUACAGACUGAACAAACGGGUGCGAAAACUGCUCUUCUCAUCCCUGGUACAGCAGGAAAUCGGCUUCUUUGAAAUAACUCGUUCUGGUGAUAUCACCUCACGCCUCUCCACUGACACUGCCCUCAUGAGUCGCUCCAUUGCAGCCAAUGUGAAUAUCUUCCUGCGAAGCUUGGUGAAGACAGUUGGCAUCCUCUUCUUCAUGGUCUCCCUCUCCUGGCAGCUCACCUUGCUGAUACUUAUCGAGUCUCCUCUCACCAUAGUCCUUCAGAAGCUGUAUAAUAAGUAUCACAUGAAACUGGUCCAGGAGGUGCAGGAUUCCAUCGCCAAGUCAAACCAACUGGCCGGCGAGGUUGUUUCCGGGAUCAGGACAGUCCGGAGUUUUGCUGCCGAGAAUGAGGAAUCUGAACUGUUCGAGGAAAAGCUCCAGGCAACGCAUCAGCUGAAGAACAAACGGGAUAUUGUCACAGCGGUGUACCUGGUGUGCCACAGGCACAUACUACUCAUGAUGCAGCUGAUCAUGUUGUACACUGGACAGUACCUGAUCCGGAACGGGCAGAUGAGCAGUGGGGAUCUUGUCGCUUUCAUCCUGUACCAGGGGGACUUCGGAUCUUACGUCCGGACCCUGGUUCACAUGUACUCGGAGAUGACCCACUCGGUGGGAGCAGCCCAGAAAGUGUUUGAGUAUAUGGAUCGGAAGUCCAGUGUUCCCACGGACGGGAAGCUGGUAAAGGAGACUCUGAAAGGACAUGUAGAAUUCCAGAAUGUAUCCUUCUCUUACCCAACCAGACCUGACGUUCAGUCCUUAAAGAACGUCUCCUUUGAGCUGAAGUGUGGUGAGAUCACGGCCCUGGUGGGACCCUCCGGAGGGGGUAAGACGACGUGUGUGAACCUACUCGAGAGGUUUUAUCGACCUCAGUCCGGACAGAUCCUGCUGGAUGGCAGACCCAUUGAGGAAUAUGAACAUAAAUAUUACCACAACAAGUUGGGUGUCGUGGGACAGGAGCCUGUGCUGUUUGCACUUUCUGUCAGGGACAAUAUCUGCUAUGGCCUCCAGAACGUUCCGAUGUCAUCGGUCACUGCAGCAGCUCAGAAAGCCAAUGCCCAUGAAUUCAUCGAGGGACUGGAGCGUGGCUACAGCACAGAUGUCGGAGAGACGGGAGGACAGCUUUCUGGUGGAGAGAAACAGAGAAUAGCCAUUGCUCGAGCUCUCAUCCGACAACCUCAAAUCCUCAUCCUUGACGAAGCAACCAGCUCCCUCGAUGUGGAGAGUGAGCACACGAUCCAGCAGGCAUUAUCGAAGGACACGGGACAAACCAUCCUGGUCAUUGCCCACCGUCUGAAGACUGUGGAGAAGGCUGACAAGAUCAUUGUGAUUGAGAGAGGGAUGGUGGUGGAGGAGGGAAAGCACCAGGAAUUAAUGGAGAGAAAAGGCUGCUAUUUCCACCUGCUCCAGAGACUGACUUCUAACGGGGAGCAGAGCGUGACUGAGUUUUAACCAGACUUUGGAAUGGAGGGCAUGGAGCCACAACCCAAAUCACUCCUCCCUGAAAAACACACUGUCUUCAUUUUAAUAUGAUAGUAGUUUGUAUUUUGCUUCUGUAUAUAUUGAACUGAGCUUUUGGUGUAAUCACUGUCUCACACAGCAAUGUGAGGUUUGUAAUUAGGUUCAAACGCGUUUGAUUAAAACAUAAAAAUGCUGGAAAUGUGAAAUAAAAACCGAAGGUAGACGAA